AUGGAGAAGAGUGAUUCGCCACCACCAAAACUUUACGUCGACACCUCUCACACCUCAAGUUUCUUCGAACAGCGUAAUUCAUUGAGAAGUGACCGUUUAUUAUGUGACGUUUCACUGGUACCAGUGAAACGAGUCUCGCUUGACAGACCUGAAACUCUUUCCAACUUUUGUAAAGGCUCGCCAAUUUAUGCACACAAG